CUUCACGGCGUUCUGUCCGCUCCCAGUGACGUAGCGGGCACAGCUCAGACCAGCGGCACUCAACGUAAACUCGGCUAACUGUCUGCACGUUCAGCCUAGCCGAAAACAGGGGAGCAGCUACCGCCGGGGGGACUUAAACGGUAACCAGCGGUGAUAGCGUCGCUGGGAAACGUAUCCGAGUCGAGGCAUCUUGGGCGCAAACAGGAGCCGGAGGUAGCUACUUGGUUGUCACAACAGAAAAUCACCCCGGGAGAUAUCUGAAGUGUCACAAGGAGGACAAGAGGUUCAACCGCCUCCCAGUUGGACCCCAAGAAUAGAAAAAAAAGGGUUGGUGUUUUAAGGAGUGACUGGAGAGGACAUGGUGGACUAUUAUAGCGUCCUGGGAGUGCCCAGGAAUGCCUCGCAGGACGACAUCAAGAAGGCGUACAGGAAACAGGCGCUGAAGUGGCAUCCAGAUAAAAACCCAGACAACAAGGAGGAGGCAGAAAAAAAAUUCAAAGAACUCGCUGAGGCCUAUGAGGUUCUGUCUGACCAGAGCAGACGGGAUGCAUAUGACAGAUAUGGAAAUGACAAAAUGCGACAUUCAGGUUCGACCACCACCGACUUCUCAGACCUCCCAGGAUUCACCUUCACAUUCCGCAGCCCAGAUGAGGUGUUCAGGGAGUUUUUUGGUGGACAGGACCCUUUUGCCAGCUUUUUUGAUGACUUUGCGUCGUUUGGAGUCCCACAUUCUCGCCUUGGCCCCAGUCGAUUCUUCUCUUUUCCUUCAGCUGGAGUUGAAUUUAGCUCUUUUACGUCUUCCUUCGGCGGGCUCGAAGGGAUGGAGAGCAUUGGAGGAGGAAUGGGCAACGUGAGAUCGGUUUCCACCUCCACUCGCAUCGUAAAUGGGAAACGCAUCACCACCAAGAAGAUAAAGGAGAAUGGACAGGAGAGAGUAGAGAUCGAGGAAGAUGGGGUACUAAAACGUGUUCUUAUUAAUGGUGUGGAGGAUGAAAUGGCCCUCGUCCUGGAGCUCAGCAGAAGAGAAGGCCAGCAGCCUUCCCAGAAACCGCAGAUCACGAACGGGUCGGCCUUCAACGCCGACCGGCACCGCUCUGCGCCGGCACAACGCUCGUUUAGCGCAGCUCCCUUCUACAACCACGUGGAGGACGACGAGGAUGAAGAAGACGAAGACCUUCAGAUGGCUUUGGCUUGCAGCCUGUCAGAAAUGGAGGCCCAGCAGAGAGCCCGCGCUACCGACGUCCUAUCAGGUGCUGGCAGUAGGGGCAGGGCCAAAUUUGGGAAAACUGGGGGCCACACAAGAGAGGUGCUUAUUAAUGGGCAAAAUGUUAAGUUGUCCAGCGGUUACAAAGUAGCUGCAGAGGGGCAAGGCGAAGGAGGCCAGCUUAAAGUUGGAGACAGUAUUGAGACAAAGCAAAAAGGAACCAGAGAGGAAGUCUCAGCUGCCACCGCUGCCAUGCCCGGUGAAGAAAAGGUCAAUCCCGUGGCAAAGAAAUCUGAGGGCAGUGUGAAAAAGAACAAGUGUGGGUGUGUUGUGUGCUAGUGUGGUUCUAUGGAUAUUUGGGGAGGCUUCCCAUGCGUUUACUUGCCAUGGUGUCAGCUAAUAGCCACAACUCGUUGUGAGUGCAGAAACAAAAAUCAUUCUCCGAGGCUAAAGAUUUCGAUGUCAAAAACAGCAUUAAUAAGAACACGCUUUAAAUUCCUGCAGGUGUUUGUUUGCACCGUGUAAUCUCAAAUUAUGCACACGCGGUGCCCGUUGACCUGUUUGGAUUCUUAGUGGCAAAGAACAACAAAUGAUUGCUUCUGAAUCAACGUGGACGUGCCAAUUUAAAUAUUUCCACAGACGGAAAAGAGAACGUAUGAGCAGAAACUGAGCUGACCGGUGGAAUAGGCAGGAGCUGAGAUGAGGACCACGUCGGGUUUCACGUUCUCGACGGAAGUUGUUAGAAAUCGAGGAGGAUGUGCUUUUUGAUUUAAGGUAGAAGUGCUUUGGUUUCGGCCAGAAGGUUUGAAUCGGGUUUGUUCUAUAACAGGUCGGUGCUAGGGAAAAAGAGUAGGUCCUUAUUAGGGAGCUAGAGAAAAUGCCUUAUAAAAGAGAGAUGUGUACGUGCGGCUCCGUCUGUGUGUCUGUGAGUGUGUGUGGGUUAGCUGAGCCCUGCCACAAGCGGCUCUUAUUCAGGGUCUCCGGCCGAGACUCACUGAUUGAACUGUGGCAAACUCAUGCCCGUCUGUAACAAGGCACAGAAAUAAAGCCUGCGGGGCUUUCUGAGGCAGUUCUGAUCUAUUGAUAGAAACACUUUGAUUAAAGAAGCCUUCUGUAAUUAACGGAGAAAUAAUGGAAAAUGUAAUUAUUUGAAGCACAAAGUUUGGAUUUAGACAUACGUUAUACAUGCACAGUGAUGCUGAAGAUUAUGCACAGAGUUUCAUUAACACACCGUCUCACAGAACUGUGAUUUUAAUGUACAGGGCCUUGGAAAAGUACCCCUUGAACAUUUUCAGCUUAAAAGCUUUCCGCAACCAAUAUAAACGACCGCAUGGAAAAGUGUUUAUCUGGUCAGAUGAAACCUAACACAGAACAUUAGCCAUGGUAAGACAUGGUAGGGGCAGCAUCAUGCUGUGGGUAUGCUUUUCUUCUCUAGGGGCAGGGAAGAUGGUGAGAUUUGAUUGGAGAUGAAACCAAAUACAGAGAAACUGUGGGGAAGAGUCUGCUGCAGACCUGAAAUUGGGGCGGGGGCCCACUCACCUUCCGGUCAAACAGUGGCACCGAACAAACAGCCCUAGCUAGAAUGGAAACAUCUUUGUGUGUUAGAAUGGCCUAGUCAAAGUCUUAUGAACUGACGCUAACAGAUCUAAUCCAUCCAAUCGGACUGAAUCUGAGCUAUUUUGCAAAGAAAAUUGAGCCAAAAACAAUCUGUGAUCUCUAGAUGAGCCAAACUGUGCAAAGACAUUUCCCAAAAGCUCAACAGGGCUGAAGACAAAUACAGCCCCAAAAUGUUCAGUUUUAGUUGUUAAAAAUGUUUGAAAACCACGUCUCCUUUUCCUUCCACAUAGCAGUUAUGCACUACUAUAUGUUGGUGUGGCCAUUAUUAGGAUAAAAUACAUGGAAAUGUAUGGUCACAACAUAAGGGUGUUAAAAAAAAAUUCAAGGGACAUGAAUACUUUUGCAAGGCGCUGUAAUUAUAUCUGUUUUUAGUGGACUUUGACACCCAUUAGUCCGUUAAUUAUUGCUGCUAAGGUCACACUCAGAUUUAUUUUAAUGAAUUAGAUUCCAAAAAAAUUGGUAAUGUUUUUUGGAGUCUCUGGUAUUAUUCUGAGAUCUGUUUGGUGCUUCUAAGGAAAACUAAGUGGAAAUAACAGCGUAAAGUUUUGAUUAUUGUGUUCUUAACACCAAACCUCAGCGAUUUGUGACCGCCGUAGUUGUUUUUCUUCUCCUAACCGGUUUAAACCCGAUCAGUGACAUACAGAGGCAUAAUUUUUCCUUUUAAAAAUAGUACAUUGUUGAUACUUUACCAAAAUAAUCCAAAUCAAGGCUACAGUUGCGUUAAAUCGCAUUAUUGUUGCUCCAAUGGGGAACUUAGUCCUUCAGCUGAAGGUCGCUGGUUCAAAUCCUAACUCUCCCAGUUUUCAUAUCAGUGUCCUUGGACAAGAGACUCAAAUCCCACCUUACUUCACAGUGUGUCACUCACUUGUGAGCUGCUUUACAUAAAAACGUACGUUCUUAAUAAAUUGUCAAUUUAUAAUCUGUUUGUUUUUUAUAUAACUUAGAAAUAACCACUGAUUGAAGAGGACGGCAAAUAAGCCUUGUUUCUGAUUCACAAGAAUGUCAGGUUCCGAUCAACCGCUGAUCUCAGCCUUUUUUUUUACUUGUAUGCACUGUAUUUGCACAUUACUUACACUACAAUUAAUAGUUCUAUUUGUGCACAUUCAUGUUUAGGGGCUUAAGGUGCUGUCUGAUUUAAAAAUGCCUUGUUUCAGAGGUCUAAUGAGGUAAAAAAUAAUGUUCAGUGGUACAUUAAUAACUGUGAAACAGGAUUGUUUUUGUUCGAAUGAAAACAUAUCUGAAAUUAAUGAAAGAUUUUUUUGGUGCCAAAUCUCAAAAGCAUUAAAAGUAAACUAAUAACAGUAUUGUCUAGUAUUAGAAGUACAUUUUAGCUUAGCUGCUCAUGCAAUGGAAAGUUUAUGUCCCGGUACACAUAUUUCACGAGUGCUUGAUUUGUUUUACAAUGCAUGUUGUUUUUAGAUCAUAUUAUAAUCUUUAUCACAGGCAAAGAGAAAGGAAAUGAAGGGAUUAUUUUGAUAUGAAUUACAAGUCAUUCCCCCUCUUAACUGUAGGUGGAAAGAAGAGGAAUUGAGAGUGAAAAGGCAGAUUGAUUGUUUUUUUUAUAUAUAUACUGGUUGCCUUGCAAUAUUGUACUACUUUGCACUACCAUGUUUUUAUUUCUUUUUUCAAGUUGCUAAAUGCAUAAUAACUAAUAAAGACUGAGCCUAAAGAUGA